AAAAUCAGUGAUGACGGGAAUCUACAAUACAUGUAUUCGUAAUUAUAUUUACCAAUAUUUUAUGGCGGGAGAUUUUGACAGCUACUGUAAAGAUGAACUCAUCACAGACAAAUGUUUUGCUUGUCGGGUCAGAGGGUACUGGAAAACAUGUAAUCUCCAAGUGUUUGAUAGAUAUGGGAAAAGCAAUCAAUCUCAAAGUAUUGACCUGCACCUGUCUUCCGUUACCAGACAACAGAGACUUAUCAGAUGAAAAUAUUCACUUUGUAUGUUUUACAAUGCACAUGGCUAAUAAAGACAGUAUGAAGGGGUUGGUAACAAGCAUGGGGCAGCUGGAUGUUUCAUACUUCAUCGGGAAAUCGAUAAUUGUUGCUAACACAAAAGGGCAGUGUACAGACGAGGGGGUUGAGAGAACUCAGCUGAAAAAUUUAGCUACCAAAUGUGACAUACAGGUGUUGUUCUGUGAUACUGAGGAACAGGCAGAGAAAAUCGAAUUAUGUCGGAAGUUGAUGCGCAUGAUCGAAUGUGCCGUUGGAUGGAAGAAAAAUGCUACGCCCUUACUUUUUGAUUCAGUUCAAGUUUCAACAGACCCAGAUUACAGCUUAGCUACUGACAGGAAAUCAUCCGGAAAAACCCCUCAAACACCUCAACUUGCAUCUCUUCAAUGAGUUUUAAUAUCUGGCGUUCUGUUGAAUGGAAUUACUUAUGUUAUUUUGAACGACUCACUGAUUACGUUUUAAACAUAGUGCUUAUUAGUUGUAUUUGUAAAUAUCUGGACUAUGGCAAUAUUGUCAUAAUUUUAUACAUAUAUAUCAUAAAUUAUGCA